AUGGCGAUGAAACGAAAUGGAAAGUCUCCUGCCUCUUCCGACUCUGACGAAAAAGUGAUGUUCUUCAAAGAUGUCUCUCUAGGUCCCCAUGAAACCCGUCUGCGCUUUCGACUCAUCCAUUUCUGGGAGGCUCAGAACCCGGUGAAGAAGACCCUUAUUGGCCUGGAGAUGCUUCUCAUCGACGAGCAGGGAACUGUCAUUCAAGGAUUCAUUCCACCAGGACGUAUUAAGAAAUACUUGCCUGAGAAGAAGCGAGGUUCGGUUUACGAACUCAUCAACUUCUACGGAUGGAAGAACAAACCGAUGUAUCGGGUUGCUGAUCAUAUCACAACCGUGUCCUUCGCAUGGAACUCUGAGUUGUCGGUCCUUCACGACAUUCCAAUCCCUUUUGAUGAAGACCGUUUCAGGAUGCAUUCGUAUGAGGAUUUUGAGGCCAACUGUGAUCUGAAAGGUGACCUCUAUGAUGUUCUUGGCCACAUGAAGCUGGUCGAUGGACAGAUUAUUACCGAGCGUCCCACUAUUGAUGAAGCGAAGAUCGCUACCACUCGGCACAUUAUGAUUCAUGUGCAAUCACACGAAGGACCUGUCAUGAAGCUCUACCUCUGGGACCAGGCAGCAACGGACUUCUGCAAGAAGUUUAAGUCCUACGAAAAUACUCCCACAGUUGUUUUGGUCACAGCCGUUAACACUAAACGUCUAGGAGGUACAAUGGCACUGAGUUCUAUGUCUCCCACACGGGUUUUCAUGGACUAUGAUGUCCAACCAACAAUUGAUUACUUCGCCUGGCUCUCCACAAACCCAGAGAUUGCUAAGCAGGAUGCCUUUUUUGAGUGCACUGCUACGAUUGAUGAUGUGGUUCAUGGAUCUGCUUGGUACUAUAUUGCAUGCACUGGGUGUCAUAGUAAGGCUACCAAAGGCGCAAACUCAUUGAUUUGCACGAACCCAAGAUGUGUGAAGGAUACCACAGCUGGAGUUGCACAGUACCGUGCAAAGAUUUCGGUUUAUGACAGCAGUGAACAAGGUUUUUUUGUCCUGCUUGGUGAUGCUGGUUUUCAGUUGACUGGGAGGCACGCAUCUGAGUUGGUCAUCAGCUACUUUGAGGCCAAUAAAGACAAAGGCCCUGACCAUGAAGUGCCUGUCCCGGAAACUCUGAUCAGCAUAAUCAGACAGACCCAUAAGUUUUGUGUGAAAGUUACAGACCACAACUUCUCUGGCAACACCCGAGCUAUCACUGUCACCAAGAUCCUCCUUCUAGAGACACCAUCACCCACAGAAGGCUCUCUUGGAAACGCCAUUGCUGAACCGUCCAUGGAAGCAGUGCAGACUGGAAGUGACAUGUGUGAGCCUUCAAAAAGCCGUGGAGAUUCUGCAGAUGAAGAGUGUAAGAGAAUGUUUGACAGUGUUGAUCCAGAGAGAGUCAAACGGGCAAGAUGUGAGAAAUGA